GAACGGUUUAGUUGAGUUGGUUCCGUGCAAGAGGGAGGUUGUAUCCAGCCUCGGCGCCAUAGAACCCCGCUCAUUCUUGUACUGGAGGGGCUUGAGAACAUUUCGGUGUUUUAGUGCCUCGCUGGAUCGUGUUUUACUUGUCGGUGAGAGGAAAAGAAAUCACCUUAAGGAAAUUAGCUCCUAAAACAAGUCAUUAAGUGGUUAACAGGACGGAUAAGCUAAUCGUGUGUAGGGUUGCUACGUGAGGAGCAGGUUAGGUCUGGGCGUUGGUUGUGUCGCUGAACCAAACCCUCAGUCACCGCCCCCGCCACUAUCGCCCCCACGCCCACGCUCCAGUGAACGGGGGACACGAGUGGGAGUGUUUGGAGGAGACUCCCUUCUGGAGCUCUACGCAAGAUUGGAUGACUCCGUACCAGUUGUGAACGGGGAUUGAACUGCCCACUAACCGAAGCAGUCCCGACCCCUACCGUGCCGCAGGAGCUGUUGUAGCCACGCAGAGUCGACCACCUAGCUGUUCCAGUGAGGGACUUGAAGCCGCGCAUGGAUCUGUGACUCCCCGCCCUUGGGGCAUCAGAUGAUGGCGUGAGGAUAGGCAUCGCACACCACCACCACCACCAAGAUGGCGGGGAGGAUAUGGGUGGUGUGGGCGGUUUGGGCGGCGGUGGUGGGAGCAGCAACCUGGGCGCCCAUAGUCAGGGCCACAGCCCUCAGAGGACCAAAUGUUUGCAAUAAGCAAGAGACGUACACAAGCUUUGUGAAUGUUUCUUACUCCAAAGCUUACCAAGUUCGGACGUACACAUUCUGCCUAAGUCUUCCACCCAAAUGCUCCAAGUACAAGAUAGCUUACAAGACGUCAUUUAAAAGACAGAGUCAGACCAAAACAAGGACGGUCAACGUGUGCUGCUCGGGAUACACCAGAGUGCCAGCUGAGGACAGGUGUAUGCCCAUCUGCUCUCAAGACUGCAUACAUGGAAUCUGCAUCAAGCCAGAUGAGUGCCGGUGUGAGGCUGGUUACUCGGGGCCCAGCUGUAACAUAAGUGAGUUGGUGGUGUCUGGUAAUGACUCCCUCAAAGAUGACACUCGCCUCGUUUAUAAAUUGUCAUGCCCUGAGGGUAAGUGGGGAAUGGGCUGUGUUCAUGACUGCCCAUGCCUUCAUGAAGGGAAAUGUGACCCUUUAUAUGGAAACUGUUCCUGUCAUGCUGGCUGGAUUGGACCAUACUGUGAAGAAAAGUGUCAAGAAGGCUUCUAUGGUGUGGAUUGCAAGGAUCGAUGUCGCUGCCAAAAUGGAGGGACAUGUGACCAUGUGUCUGGAGCGUGCCGCUGUCCUCCAGGCUGGACUGGCCCACUGUGUGAAAAAUCAUGUCCUGAGGGAACACAUGGGGCUGCCUGCAGCAACAAGUGUCAGUGUCAGAAUGGUGGCCACUGUGAUCACGUGACAGGGAAAUGCCAAUGUCCUGCUGGAUGGACGGGAGAUGUUUGUGCAAACCCUUGUCCUCAAGGCACCUGGGGCUACAACUGCUCUGAUCAGUGUGAUUGCUACAACUCUGCAACGUGUGAUCACAAAACUGGACGUUGCAAAUGUCCAUCAGGUUAUGUUGGCAAUAAGUGCCAGGAAGAAUGUCCUCUGGGGACUUAUGGUGUAAAUUGUACAGAAACCUGUUCGUGUUACAAUGGAGCAACUUGCUCACAUAUAAGUGGUCGUUGUUUCUGCAAAGAGGGGUGGCUAGGAACACAGUGCUCCAAACCUGCAUGUCCACCAAACCAGUAUGGUCGAGGCUGUUCACAAAUCUGCUCGUGUGAAAAGGAUAACACUGAAAGAUGUCAUCCAUGGACUGGUGCCUGUGAGUGCAAGGCUGGAUGGGCAGGAGAGACUUGUACACGUGCGUGCCCAUUCUACAAGUACGGAGAGAAGUGCGCACAAAACUGUCAGUGUAAGAAUGGGGCAUUUUGUGACCCAGUUGACGGAUCAUGCAUAUGUGCUCCUGGCUACCACGGACCAUUGUGUGAUGAACAUUGCCCCAAGUUCAGGUAUGGGCAAAAAUGUGAAUUAGAAUGUCGCUGUAGAAAUUCACACGGGUGCUCACAUGAGUCUGGAAAGUGUUUCUGCAAACCAGGCUGGGAAGGUCAGCAGUGCUCUCUUACCUGUCCACUUGGAACUUACGGGGAAAAUUGUUCCAAGACUUGUGAUUGUGUCAACAAAGGGUCUUGUGAUCCAGUGACAGGGGAGUGUACGUGUGGUCCUGGCCAUUUUGGAGAGAAAUGUGAAAAGACCUGUAACCAGGGAUACCAUGGCAUGGACUGUGUAAAUUUCUGUGCAUGUGUUGGGCCACAUGUGGAAGGUUGUGAUGCUGAGACUGGCAAGUGCAUAUGCAAGCCUGGCUUUAGAGGUGUCAGUUGUCAUUCACACUGUCCACGCGGAUACUAUGGAGAAUCAUGCAGCAAAAAAUGUGAUUGCAAGAACAAUGGAUCCUGCAACUUCCAAACAGGAAAGUGUGUGUGUGAACGUGGUUGGCAUGGGGCAGACUGCAAUACACCAUGCCGGGCUGGAAAAUAUGGCGUAAAUUGCAAUCAGGACUGUCCAACCUGUGUGCAUGGAAAUGGAACAUGCCAUCCACAGCUGGGAACCUGUGUAUGCAAGGCUGGGUGGCGUGGACCACGUUGUGACCGCACUUGUGCUCCAGGCACCUGGGGCAUUGGCUGUGCUAAUACUUGUAAAUGCCGAAAUGGAGCAGGAUGCAAUCAUGAAACGGGGGAGUGUCUGUGCCUACCAGGAUGGAGAGGAAUAGAUUGCUCUCAGCCUUGCCCUGCUGGAAGUUUUGGUUAUAACUGCCUUCAGAUGUGCCAUUGUCGUAACCAUGCAUCUUGCCGAGGAAGUGAUGGCUUCUGCGAGUGCAAACCAGGAUGGAUGGGUUUUGGGUGCACUCAAACCUGUCCAGAAGGUUCCUUUGGCCGACAGUGCUUUAAUGUUUGUAACUGUAGCACAGAAAACUCCAUUUGCCAUCCCGUCCAUGGAUGUCAGUGCCGGUAUGGAUAUGAAGGAGACAUGUGUGAUAUCCCCAUCACCAGCCCAAUAUUUAAAGACAAAGACCCAAUCCUGCCUAGUCAGUCAGCACCCAACAAUGCUGGACUCAUUGUGGGUGUUGUCUCUAUCAUUCUCAUCACCAUAGUAAUUGCUGUCAUUAUCUACUACAAGCGGCGAUUGCUAAGACUGAAGCGUGAGUUGGCAGUGGUGCAGUACAUUGCUGAUCCAUCAACCACAGAACGUCCAAGGCCACCUGAGAACCGAGAAACUGCAAAGCUACGUUCUUCUUCUACUAAGCUCUCACAAAAGUCUGAUCAACAUCAUUUUGACAAUCCAGUGUAUGCUUACCAGUGUGUGAGCAAGUCACAACCCAACCUACUUGAAAAUGGUAAUUUAAAUAAUGGUGUCACCAUCAAGAAUAAUCUCUCACUCAAGGAUGAUAAAAAUAGAGAGUGGGAGAAACUGGGCACCUUCACUUUUCAUGAUGAUGCAUGCAGUUUAGUAUUUCCAGGAGCAGUUGGAGGUCACUAUGACGUACCUUCAACGCUACAGCGGCAAGCCCGUGUGAAAGCCCGAGAAGCAGAUGCUACAAACCCAAACCUUAAUAUUUACCACUCCAUUGAAAGCUUAAAAGACAAUCGCCUAGUGGAACAUGUAUACGACGAGAUAAAACAGCGGCCACCUCCACCAAAAGAUCCAGAGUGUGAAUAUGACCACCUGACAUAUUCACGUCCACUAGGUGAAGUGAAACCACACUACUACACUAUGGCAUCACAGCUGCAUAGGUCCGCAGACCAGCUGGCUGAUGAGGUGCUCCCCAAUGGAAGACCAGCUGCUGGGACAAGUAAAAAGGGCCAUUCUCCACACUCAUCAUCAUCUUCAUCCAAUGAACUAAACAUUUCCAGACCUGAAGUCAAUAUGAAUGGCAAUGAAUGUCAGUCGCAGAGUACCAGUGAUGAAGUGCCAAAAGUGAGUAAUCUCAAUGUUGGUGCCAGUGAUGAUGAAUAUGCAAGACUGAAAGUCAACAACCUUGAUGUUUCAGUGGAUGCUGGAAAGCGUGGUGCUUAUGCAAAGUUUGAGGAUGACUUCAAUAUGACCCUAUCAACAGGGAUUGAAGCCUCUGGUAACAAUAGUGUUGAAGAAAGUGAGGCUCUUUCACCAGAUGAAGACAAUUAACUUUUAUUGUAAAUGCUUCAUCUGUCAAGUGCAUUAUUGAAGAGGUAAAAAUAUAGAGAAAAAGUUAUACAUCUUUUGAAAGUAUAGACGUUACUGAUCACAAAUGUUUGAAAGAUAUUUGUGACAAUCUUGGUGUGGUAAUGCUGUGUGAUUGACUAAUACUGCCCUUACCACUGACUAUAUAUAUAUAUAUAUAUAUAUAUAUAUAUAUAUAUCUAUAUAUAUAUAUGUAUAUAUAUAUAUAUAUAUAUAUAUAUAUAUAUAUAUAUAUAUAUAUACCACUUUUGUGGUGUUGAUCUUGUACAGAUGAAGAGAUUUUAGUGUACAUAUGAAAGUGAUACCUUUACUACACUAGAUAAACAGUAGUGGUCCAUCCAUAGUGAUAACUGGUUGUGUUAAGGAACUUUUUAAUGGGGUGAAAAGGGAAAGUCCCACAUCAUGGCCUUCAUUUAUGUGGGUAAUGAAAAAUUAUCCAGUGAUGGGAUAACUUUUGAUACAUAAACAAUGGGCAUUGAAAACUGUCCCUGUAUAGCUAUCAAGUGAUGAGUCAAUGGGUCAAUGGGAUUGUCACAAACAACUUUUUUAUUGUAUUCAAUAAUUUCCAUGUCUUUUUUUAAUUCAUCUUAUUGUGUAAAGCUUAGAAAGUUUUCAUUGAUCUUGUCUAAAAGCUCAUGAAAGGCAAACUCUAAACCUUAUAAGAGAAGGGAGUGACUUUUAGUAUGUGAAAACUGAAAUUGAUUUUCACUCAUCAUUUAUAUUUUUAGCCAGACAUCUUUGAGAAACAUAAUGUUACAGCUGCUGUGUUGUUUUUGUUAAAUAAUCCAUACUGACUGAGAUGCCUUUGACCACUAUUAAAAUGGCAUCCUAUGUAAUCUGCUGUUGAUCACUUCACUAAAUAAGUAACAUUCACUUUAUGUACUUUUAAUGAUUUUAAUUGUUUAGAUCUUCUGUCUUUUACUGUAACUUUUAACUUAUUAAAAUCAGUGAUGCAAAAAUAUAUGAAUAUAUAUGUUUUGUAUUUUAUGAUAUUGCACAUUUUGAAAAGUAAUAACUUUUUAUACCCAAAACCUUAUUUUAUAUAUCUUGUAUGCUGUUUUCUGUAACCGACUAAAUGAGUUGAGUAUGAGUACAUGACCAUCACAUCACCUUAACCUUCAAAUUGCCAAGGCAACAAUUAUUUCUGUUCAAAAAUAAAACAGUACACAUACACAAUCCCUCAUAUUUUGAGUGAUUACAUCUUGAAAAUUAUAGAAAAUGCAGCAUGAGUAUUUUUUGAUUAAUAUAAAUUAUAUAAAUUUA